AUGACCAUCCUGAAGGAAGAAGGCCAGCCUCGCAGGCCCCGGCAGGAGGCAGGCGUGCUGUGCAGCCCACGUGAGGAGGCGCAGGCUGGCCAGGGAACAGAGGAGCAGGAGGAAGGCGGGGGCAAGACCAUCCUGAGGUCUCCAGGACGGAAUGGGCUGGACAAGAGCCCAUCUAAGGGCUCCCCAGCCCACUGCGUGAGAAUGGUCCUGGACCACGGGAUUGUCAACCUCCCGACUUACAACCCUCUCCCCGGAGGUCCCAGCCUUGGGGAGACCGCGGGACCUGGAACUCCAACAGACCCCUCAAGGGCCUUUCCUUCACUGACUCUCCCAUCAGGGGUAAAGCAGAGAGAUGGACAGGAACUGAGUAACGACCUGGAUGCCCAGGACCCACCAGAGGACAUGAAACAGGAUCGGGAUAUCCAGGCGGUGGCCACCUCCCUCAUGCCAUUGACGCAAGCCAACCUGCGCAUGUUCCAGCGUGCCCAGGACGACCUGAUCCCUGCCGUGGACCGCCAGUUUGCCUGUUCCUCCUGUGAUCACGUCUGGUGGCGCCGUGUGCCCCAGCGCAAAGAGGUAUCUCGGUGCCGGAAAUGCCGCAAGCGCUACGACCCAGUGCCCUGUGACAAGAUGUGGGGCGUGGCCGAGUUCCACUGCCCGAAGUGUCGGCAUAACUUCCGGGGCUGGGCACAAAUGGGGUCCCCGUCCCCCUGCUACGGGUGCGGCUUCCCCGUGUAUCCAACACGGAUCCUGCCCCCGCGCUGGGACCGGGACAUGGACCGCCGCAGCACACACACCCACUCCUGCUCGGCUGCCGACUGCUACAACCGGCGAGAGCCCCAUGUGCCUGGCACAUCCUGUGCACACCCCAAGAGCCGCAAACAGAACCAUCUGCCCAAAGUCCUCCACCCCAGCAACCCCCACAUCAGCAGCGGCUCCACGGUGGCCACUUGCCUGAGCCAGGGCGGCCUCCUGGAGGACCUGGACAACCUCAUCUUGGAGGACCUGAAGGAGGAGGAGGAGGAGGAGGAAGAGGAAGAGGAGGAGGAGGAGGGCAGGCCCAGGGAGUGACCUCCGCGGGCGCACACACCAGACGCGGGCUCUGGAUGCUCUGUGUUGUUAUAAAUGUGAGCUCAAAGCCGAGACAAGUGCCCUUGGGGAGCUGUCUGGGCCCGCGACACGGGUGGGGGACUCCUGGGUCCCAUUCUGGGGCUCUGGGGAGCAAAUCCACAGUGGGAAAGUCCGGGACAGGCUCAGCACUGAGCCACAGAGAGGUGCGGCCAGGACAAUUUAGUCUUCUGCUGGGAAACACCCUGGGGCCAGGCGGGCAGAGGCCCGGGCAGUCAGGGCCUGGCGGGUCGGAUCAGCAUGGCGGCCUUCUUGAGGGAGUACGCCCCGCCACGGAACUCAGCCCAGUAGACACCAUCCUGGUAGCGGUUUCGGUAGUGGCCACCACGGUGCCACACACCGUUGAGGUUGGAGUGGGCACAAGCAUGGUACCACCAGCCCCCGCGCUGGUACAAGGCACAGUUACCUGAGGGGAAAAGAGUGGGUGUCCUCACCAGAUUGAACAAGCCUCCCCUGCACGCCAUGUGCAAGGCAUGUGCCAGCCAUCCCCUGGUCCUCCCCAGUCUUACUGAAUAUAAGCCCUGAUCCUCCAUUUCCUCUCCAAAAUAAAAACCCUGGCCUCCCAC